AUGCGUUCCUUCAUCAUCGCCCCGAUCCUGAUUGCCGGCGCCUUAGCCCAAUCAACCUCAGACUACCUAAGCUGCGCCAGCGCAGCCAUAAACACACUCGCCAAAUCAUCCUUCACCUCCUGCACGAACAAAACCUCCGAAGAAUGUUUCUGCGCCAAUAAAGCCGCCCUACAAUCCAUGAGCGCCUCCUCUGUCCCGGCCUGCAUCGGACUCAACUUAUUAUCCCUAGUAUCGACCCUCUGCACUGAUACCAACGAGAUCAAAAUAGCGGGAACCAAAUCCAUUGGCACCAUAUCGACCGAGACCAAGGCUGCCGAAACUAAAUCUACCGAGACCAAAGCUGCGGACGCAAACCCCGCGUUUCGACACGCUGGCAAACCAAUGGAGCCCGUCAAGCGUGACGGAGGUGCUAAACACACCAUUUACGUGACGGAGAUACGCACGGACUGUACCUGCAAGACUGCUACUGGGAGUCCCAUGCACGUCUCACAGAUUCCGGUUCAUGUCCCCACGUCCAGUAGUAUGGUUUCCAUGGUGUCGUCGACACCAGUUGGGAGACAGCAUGGGCUGUUGGGUGGUGUGGCUUCGUCGUCGGUGGUUGGACACGUUGGGGCAACAUCUUCGGCGACACCUUCGGCUAGGGCUUCGGGGGUCGAUGCGAAGAGCUUCUCGCCUUACCAGGGGGCGGCAGCGGGUGUUUCAGUGAAUGGGGGUGUUGUGAUGCUUGGAGCUGCGGCUGUUAUGGCUGUUAUGGUUGCUUUGUGA